AUGGGACAGUGGGCGAACCUGUCAUCAGGGAGUAACUUCAUCUUACUUGGCAUCUUUUCCAGUAGCCGAGCCCACCUCGUGCUCUUCAGUGGAAUCAUGGUGGUCUUCGGGAUAGCUGUGGUUGGGAAUGUCCUCCUUCUCCUACUCAUUCACAUGGAUCCCCGGCUCCACACGCCCAUGUACUUCUUCCUCAGUCAACUCUCCCUCAUGGACCUGACUCUGGUCUGCACCAUCGUGCCCAAGAUGGCCACCAACUUCCUGUCGGGCAAGAAGUCUAUCUCCUUUGUGGGCUGUGGCCUCCAGAUUGGUUUGUUUGUCUCCAUGGUGGGCUCUGAGGGGCUCCUGUUGGGCCUCAUGGCCUACGAUCGCUACAUAGCCAUCAGUCACCCCCUGCACUAUCCGAUUCUCAUGAGUCGGAGGGUCUGCCUGCAGAUUGUUGGUGCUUCCUGGGCUUUUGGGAUGCUGGACGGGCUCAUUCAGGUGAUAGCUGCCAUGAGCUUUCCCUACUGUGCGUCCCGGGAGGUUGACCACUUCUUCUGUGAGGUGCCCUUCCUGCUGAAGCUGGCCUGUGCCGACACCUCACUCUUCGACUCCUUGCUGUUUGCCUGCUGUGUCUUCAUGCUUCUCCUCCCAUUCUCCAUCAUCGUCGUGUCCUAUGGCCUCAUCCUGGUGGCGGUGCUGCGCAUGCGCUCAGCCCAGGCCCGCCACAAGGCCCUGGCCACCUGCUCCUCCCACCUGGCUGCUGUCUCCCUCUUCUACGGGGCAGCUAUGUUCAUCUACCUGAGGCCCAAGAACUACCGGGCCCCCAGCCAUGACAAGGUAGCGUCCAUCUUCUACACAGUCCUGACACCCAUGCUCAACCCCCUCAUCUACAGCCUGAGGAACCGGGAGGUGAUGGGGGCGCUGAGGAGGGGGUUGGCCCGCUGGGCCAUUGGGCGUCCAGUUGUCAGGCCUAGCCUCCCUCCAGCCCAGCCAUGA